AUGUUGAGCUGGGUCCAGAGGGUGCUGCCUCAGCCCCCAGGGACCCCUCAGAAGACCAAGGUAGAGGAGGAGGGAGCCGCAGAGCCAGAGCCAGAGCCAGAGGUGAAGCAGGAACCAGAGCUGGAGCCUGAAACAGCCCUUGAGGAGGCCGAGCAAGGGGACUCCCUGCUACCUGAAGAGCCAUUGGAGGAAGUGGCUGCAGCUGACCCAGGCCCUCAGGAAAUCCAGGAGGCUGCCCCGAGUCCACCUACAUCCGUCCAGGCCCAGAUCACUGUGGCUCCUGAAGUGAACAGCAGUUCCAACGACUGGGUGCUGACAUGGCUUAAGAAGAGCGUGGAGAAGGUGGUCCCACAGCCUGUCCCCAGCAGCAGGCUGGCCCAGAGCACCGCUGCUGGCAGGGAGGGCCCUGCUCAGGCAGGAGCACAGGUGUCUGGGCAAUGCAGCACUGGGAGCUCAGAUGGACUUGGUGAGGCUGCUGGGGACACCGGGUCUGGGCCCUGGCUGCUCAGGUGGCUUGAGCAGAAUCUGGAGAAAGUUCUGCCUCAACCCCCCAAAACCUCCAAGGACCAGAGAGAUGAACCUGCAGAUGCUGCCUUGGACACAGAGCCCCCUGGGCCCACCCUGGAAACAGAGCCCGUGCUGCAGGCCCCAGAGAGCUCCUGCGUGCCCACUGCUGGCCCCUUGGAGCCCCAGGAGGAGCUGCCUUCAGAGCCCCAGCUCAGCCCUCAGGCUUCCUCCUUGCUGCUCCCCAGUGACCCUGCCAGGUUGAUGGCUUGGCUCCUGCACAGGCUGGAGAUGGCCCUGCCGCAGCCGGUGCUCCAUGGGAAGGCCAGGGAGCAGGAGCCUGACUCCCCUGUGACUUGUGACGUGCAGACCAUCUGCAUCCUCCCUGGAGGCCAAGAGGAGCCCGAUCUCGUCCUAGAAGAGGUUGACCCCCACUGGGAGGAGGAUGAGCAUCAGGAUGGUGGUGCCAGCCCACAGGACUCAGAGGCAGCUCCAGCUUAUGAAGAGGAGAAUGAGGCUGUAGAGGAGAUGCCCAUGAAGCUGCCCUGGAUUCAAGAGGAGAGAGAAGAUGAGGAGGAGGAUGGAGAGGAGGAGGGAGAAGAUGAGGAGGAGGCAAAUGUCCUGCUGGAUAGCUGUCUGGAGGCGCAGGCUGGCGAGGACCUGACUGGAGUAGACAGAAGCCAGCCCCAGAGGGCCUCCCAGCAGGAGCUGCAGGAGGAGGCCGUGACCACCAGCCCAGAAGUGCCUGCUACAAAAGAGCACCCGGAAGUGCAGGUGGAAGAUGUUGAUGCGGACAGCCAUCCCCUGAUCGUGGAAAAUACCCCCUCACCUGAGCUGCCACCACCUUCUCCUGCCAAAGCCGACACCCUCACGGUCCCAGGAUCUGCCGCAGGAACAGAAAGGAAGAGGCUGCCCUCCCAAGAUGAUGAGGCUGAAGAGCUCAGGGCACUGUCACCAGCUGAGUCCCCCAUGGUCGCCUGGUCAGACCCAUCCAGCCCACAAGGCACUGAUGGCCAGGAUCGUGCAACCUCCACGGCCAGCCAGAACAGCGCCAUCAUCAAUGACCGGCUCCAGGAGCUGGUGAAGCUUUUCAAGGAGCGGACGGAGAAGGUGAAGGAGAAGCUCAUCGACCCUGAUGUCACCUCCGAUGAGGAGAGCCCAAAGCCCUCCCCGGCCAAGAAAGCCCCAGAGCCUGCCCCAGUCGUGAAGCCGGCUGAGGUGGGGCAGGCGGAGGAGGAGCACUAUUGCGACAUGCUCUGCUGCAAGUUCAAGCGCCGCCCCUGGAAGACGUACCGCUUUCCCCAGAGCAUCGACCCGCUGACCAACCUGAUGUACAUCCUGUGGCUGUUCUUUGUGGUGCUGGCGUGGAACUGGAACUGUUGGCUGAUCCCCGUGCGCUGGGCCUUCCCUUACCAGACACCAAACAACAUCCACCUCUGGCUGCUGAUGGAUUAUCUAUGUGAUCUCAUCUACCUCCUGGACAUCACCGUGUUCCAGCUGCGCCUGCAGUUUGUCAGAGGGGGAGACAUCAUUACAGACAAGAAGGAAAUGCGGGACAACUACCUGAAAUCUCGUCGCUUUAAGAUGGACAUGCUCUGCCUCCUGCCCUUGGACUUCCUGUAUUUGAAGUUUGGCGUGAAUCCCCUACUGCGCUUGCCCCGCUGUUUGAAGUACAUGGCCUUCUUCGAAUUUAACAGCCGCCUGGAAUCCAUCCUCAGCAAAGCCUAUGUUUACAGGGUCAUCAGGACCACGGCCUACUUGCUCUACAGUCUGCAUGUCAACUCCUGUCUGUAUUACUGGGCAUCUGCCUAUCAGGGCCUUGGCUCCACUCACUGGGUUUACGAUGGUGUGGGAAACAGUUACAUUCGCUGUUACUACUGGGCUGUGAAGACCCUCAUCACCAUUGGUGGGCUGCCUGACCCCAGAACGCUCUUUGAAAUUGUCUUCCAGGGGCUGAACUAUUUCACGGGUGUCUUUGCUUUCUCUGUGAUGAUCGGACAGAUGAGAGACGUGGUGGGGGCCGCCACCGCAGGGCAGACCUACUACCGCAGCUGCAUGGACAGCACAGUGAAAUACAUGAAUUUCUACAAGAUCCCCAGGUCCGUGCAGAACCGUGUCAAGACCUGGUACGAGUACACCUGGCAGUCCCAAGGCAUGCUGGACGAGUCAGAACUGAUGGUGCAGCUUCCAGACAAGAUGCGGCUGGACCUUGCCAUCGACGUGAACUAUAACAUUGUCAGCAAAGUGGCUCUCUUCCAGGGCUGUGACCGGCAGUUGAUCUUUGACAUGCUGAAGAGGCUUCGUUCUGUCGUCUAUCUGCCCAACGAUUAUGUGUGCAAGAAGGGGGAGAUAGGCCGAGAGAUGUACAUUAUAAAAGCAGGAGAGGUGCAGGUGUUGGGCGGCCCCGAUGGGAAGGCUGUGCUGGUGACGCUGAAAGCCGGAUCUGUGUUUGGAGAAAUAAGCUUACUGGCUGUUGGGGGCGGGAAUCGGCGCACAGCCAAUGUGGUCGCCCAUGGGUUUACCAACCUCUUCAUUCUGGAUAAGAAGGACCUGAAUGAAAUUUUGGUGCAUUAUCCUGAGUCUCAGAAGUUACUCCGGAAGAAGGCCAGGCGCAUGCUGAGAAAUAACAACAAGCCCAAGGAGCCGAAGAGCGUGCUCAUCCUUCCUCCCCGGGCAGACCCCAAGCUCUUCAAUGCUGCCCUGGCCGUAGCAGGAAAGAUGGGCGCCAAGGGAGCCAAAGCCGGUAAACUUGCCCACCUGAGGGCUCGGCUCAAAGAACUGGCUGCACUGGAGGCAGCUGCGAGGCAGCAACAGUUGCUGGAACAGGCCAAGAGCUCGCAGGAUGCUGCAGGAGAGGCAGGCCAGGCGGCCCCAGACCAGGACCAGCCCCCAGUGCGUGAGCACCCAGAGCCCCAGGAGCCCCCGGCCACACGCUCUUCGCCACCUGCCUCGCCACCUGCCUCGGAGAGGCCUGAGGAAGGUGGGGAGGGGGAGGCCGGGCCCUCGGAGCCAUCGGUGCUGAUCCGCAUGAGCCCAGGCCCCGAUCCCAGUGAACAGAUCCUGUCGGUAGAAGUCCCGGAGGAGAAGAAGGAGGCCGAGUGAGGGCCUCCCCUCCAGGCAGGUGUAUCCACCCGCACCCAGGCGGGUCCCCCAGCCCCGUGCCUCGCUUCCCGCAGGCCCAGACUCCAGGGGCAGUAGAGUCCAUCCCACCACUCCUGCCCCCGCAUCGGUUUCUGCCACCGCUGGUCUUGAAGUCAACAAAUGUAGUGUUCGUGCCCCUAAGUCCUCACCAUCACCUGAGAACCCUACCUCUCCUGACUCUUAUUUUUAAGAACAAAAUUCUUUUCCAUUUUAGAAGUUUAUAGGCAGAGCAUAGAAUGGGGCUCCGAGCCCUGAGAAGCUCUGCUGGAGACUAAAGCGUUAUCAAAUGUUUGAAUUUCAUCUCCCACGUUUGAAGGAUAGAAAACCUGCCAGCAAAAAAAAAAAAAAAGAAAAAGAAAAAAAAAGAAAAAGAAAACCUGCCAGCAGUUGUGGGAGGCCCGGCUGGCUCCGUCGGUAGAACAUGUGACUCUUGGUCUCAGGGUUGCAAGUUCAAGCCCCACCUUGGGUGUAGAGAUUACUUUAAAACACCCUGGUCAGCACAAAGGGUGGUUGUGCUGGUCAUUUGACCCGAUGAUCCGUGCUGGGCAGUCACAUUAGGGAUCCUCUGCUCAUUAGAGCGCUUAGCACCCAUCUUCCCCAGGCUGUAUUUAGUUCCAAGUGUGAGACCAGUCUUUCAGAACAUAAAAUGGAAGUGGACUUACUGGCAAUGGGCUGUGAGCGGUUCUGAGCACCCCUGCCAGGCCCCCAAUUCUGGUCUGCAGAGAGUCACGCUUGCUUGCUUCCGACACCUUUGCUAUAGAGAUGAUGGCAGCACCUUCCAUUAAUCCUGGGAGACAGAAAUCGCCGACACCACUGAAGUUCCUAAGGUUUCUCCAGAUUAAGUUACAUUGCUUCAAUGAUUCAAGAUACAGGGGGGGGCCGGGUGGGGAGGAGUCAUUCAGUCACUGAAUAUUGGGAGGAUUUUAUUUGCAUAUCUAAUGGCUCUUGGGGGAGUAAGUGAUUAAAAACUAGUGUUGGGCCAUUUGUUUCCACCAGCAACAACAAACACCAAAGGCCUGGAAUUCCAAGAGGUACUGCCCACUUCGUAUCAAAUUAUAGGACACUGUGCUCUGCUGCUGGGGCCUUCAAGGGCUUGCAAAUGUGUCUAUUUGUCUGUCAGUCUAAAAGCAGAACAUUCCUUUCCCCUGUGAAAAAAAAAUGACACAAUAUGGAAGUUGCCAGGCUGCUCUAAACAUUUCCAAAUCCCAGGGUAACAGAUUUAUCUAGUCGAUGACAUGCCUCGUGAUCUGAGUAAUCACCACAUCGAAUAUAGCGAUGAGCAACAUUAGGUUAGCCUUUUAAAAAGCUUUUAUUAAUUUAUUUUAAUAGCUAGUAACAUAUUUUCAUGGGUAGGAAAGGCUACCCAGUUAAAAUGAUCUCUCCUACCUCUUGUGCCCAGUCCCCUUCCUGGAAGCCACCACCACUAUCAGCUCCUCCUGCCCUUUUUUUCUUUACACAAAUAGUAACACUCUAGUGCUGCUGUUUUUCAUUUGUUUUGAAGUUCCUCCUUUCUUAGUACAACAAGGGCAUGUUGACUUUUCAUGCCUGCAGUCUGGUCCAUUGAAUGCAAGUCCCAUCACAUUGAAUUGCUCUCCCAUGAACAGGCAUUUGCAGGGUUUCCAAUCUCAUGCUGUUGAAAAUAAGGCCGCAAUAAACAAAAAUCUUAUGCAUAAUUUCACUGGUCAACACUAUUUUUAAGUAGGGAGAGUCUGGCGGUUUGGGCUCAUUUUUGUCUUUGCAACCCCAUUUAUCAUAGUCGUAUUUGCAUCACGUAUUCUAAGAUCCAGGCAUAGAGAAAUGCUUCCAUCUUUAGCCAAGUAUUUCAGAUAUAUCAAUAAAGUCAAUGUAUUACCCUUCAGUAGAUGGCAAAAUGUUUCAAAGGCACCUUCACUGUGAGAUCUUACUUUACAAGGAAUCUUUUUUUUAUAUGAAUAUACUCAUUCUUUUAGAUACUAACCCUUGAAUGUAUACUGCUUAUUAUAUAAAGUGAAAGAUUCUUGAGGUUCCCGAGAACUGUCCUGGAAAGAAAAUUGAUUUUGAAAUGAGAUGAGCGGUAUCUUAAUUUCACUGUGAUACUUCCUUAAACUCGACACUUUCAAAAAGUUGGAUGUUAGGUAAAUUGAAUUUGAGGCUAGCAUUAUUCUCCAAAUAGAAUUGGACUGGUUGGUCGCCAAGGUCUGGAUGGUACAGCUCAGAAUACUGUAAUUCUGCAACUGAAACAGAAUCUUUAUUUAUGUGUGUUGAAUCUCUACCAAUUUCCAAUGUCUCAACAUUUCCUGUACUGUGGUAGAAAAUGAAUAGGAAGCUAUUUUUUAAACUAUAUAAAUAUUUUAAAUAGAAUUAAAACCAAGAAGCUGUUUAAAAUUUCAUUAUCAAAAUGUAUUUGGCUACCUGGAAUAUUUUCAUUUGUUUUCUUAGCAAACAUGAACACUGUAUUUAGAC